CGAUUGUUGAAAACGUGCAAGCAUCGUCACUUAGCUCAAGCCAUCGGCCUAAAGUCUUCCCAUCUUCACGGUUCACAACUAGCAAUGCGAGAGAAAGGUGUGAAUAAGCGUGAAUUCGUUGUGUGAAGAGGCAGCAAGAUGGUCUAUAAAAAGGGCCUCGAUACCUCAAUGGCCUCAGGUUGAACUCUCCUCAUCAUCCUUCACUCUCAAACAACUCCUCAUUCUUCUUAAUAUCAUACCAAUCGUCCAAUAUGUCUGAAUGGAAGCCACCGGCCUUUGGUACUCCCGUCUGGAUGAGCAUCCCUGCCACAGAUGUCAGCCGUGCUGCAGAGUUCUACAAGGCUGUAUUCAACUUCAGCUUCAAGGACUCCGACCACAAGAAUCCUGAUGAGUUCAGGAAAUUCGACUUCAACCCUAGCCUUGGCUUGACAGGUGGUAUUCAACAGGCUCCUGACCACACUGGUAAUUUCCACCCCGGAAAAGGAGGUCUCUGUGUCUACUGGUUCGUCGAAAACGUUGACAACGUCGGGUCCAUCAUUGAAAAAGCUGGUGGUAAAAUGUUGACUGAGAAGGAAAAAGAGGGCGAGUUUGGCCUGUAUAGAUUCUUCGAGGAUACCGAGGGAUCUGUUGGCGCCGUGUACCAAAUGGCUUGAAUUUCUAGGAAAACUAAUAUUGUGCUCUUGAAUUGAAUACACUCCUUUUUGCUUAUUG